AUGAAAAAAACAAUUGCACUGCAUCAAAUCAUUAAGAGACAAUCAAUACUUCCAACCCUAUUCUUAUUAAUGUGGGUCGCUUUGGGCGCCAAUUCAGCGGGAUUGCACUCGAUCUCAAAGCGUGCGCCCAUAUCUGGCACGUUUGCAUUCACAAACGUGGCUGUAUCGCCGAUUGUCAGUACGACCGUCACCUCUAACUCGGUGUAUGUUUGCAGCAGUAGUGCCAACAGUUUUCUCAAUAUUAUCUCAUUGGUGUCCAACAGCACCGGCACCGGUCAAGUCACCUGUAAUGGUGUGAUCGCCUCCACAGCUAACAUACCGAUUACAGCGUACGACCCGACCGGUGCCGCCACUACUAUCACUAUAGGAUCUCCCGUUUCCACCCUAUUCUAUAUUAACGGCGAUAGACUUUCGGAGAGGACGGGUAUAGUGAGUGGCGGUCCGUGCGAUGGGUCUGUAUUUGUGGGUCAAUCGAUAUAUUCAGCGGAUCAGCCAAACGGUUGCGCCGACACGAGUGGUAUGAUUAGUGCCACCUGUGGUUACAGCUUAUGGACACUGACGGGCGCCUGCACUACCACGUGUCAGAUCAAUCUGAUCGGUGCCAUCGGGUCAGCCGGCUAUACAAUGAGCACCGGUGUUACCAAUAAUGGAUUGGUUAAGUAGUGAAUGGAUAUACCAU